UCUGUGCGGCCCUGUGCGAGUUGUCACAAUUUUAACCUCCUUCUUAGCGAUAACGGGCUCGAUUGCAAUUGCACUGUUACCAUAUUGUCGAUCCUGAUCGUAAUUUAGGCAAAAGUUUCCUUUUUUCGUAUAUUUUUCGAAAUUGCCCGUUAUGGCCGGUGGAGGACCUACGGAGAAAGACAUAGAGAAUCUUUUCAAAAGGUUGAGAUCGAUCCCAGCGAACAAGUUUUGCUUCGACUGCGCUGCCAAAAAUCCGACCUGGGCGAGCGUCACCUACGGGGUUUUUAUAUGCAUCGACUGUUCCGCCGUUCACAGGGGUCUCGGAGUUCAUCUUACUUUCGUCCGGUCGACCCUCUUCGACACCAACUGGACAUGGAUACAGCUUCACAAAAUGCAACUCGGAGGAAAUAGCAAUGCUAAACACUUCUUUGCUCAGCAUGACUGUACCACUAAAGAUUUUCAAACGAAGUACAAUUCACGAACUGCUCAUUUAUAUAAAGAAAAAUUAGAGAAUGCCGCCAGCCAUGCUAUUGCUACUCAUGGGAAUACGUUAAACUUAGAGCCUGAACCGCAGGAAGAAGAGAAAGAAAAAGAAUUGGAUUUCUUCGACGAACAUACAGGGACUGUUGAUGUGCUUGAGGAUCAAUGUACUAAUGCCACAAUGAAUAAACCAGUUAAAACUGCAGGCAAGCCCGCCGAAGAAACUAUUACAAAAACACCUGAUAUUUCUCUGAGUGUUUCCGAAGAUGACAAGCCGAGAAAGCCGACAAUCGGAGGCAGAAUCCACCAGACAAAGCGAACCGGUCUAGCAGCCAAGAAAAUGAUGGGUGGUUUGGGCGCACAGAAGGUGAACGUGAACUUUGCCGAUAUCGAGAAAGAGGCCGAAUUAGCUGAAAAGUUGAGAGUACAAACAUUUGAAGAUGUCAAACAAGAUGAUGUAACAGAAAAAGAAAAAGAAGAACAGUUCAACUUCAUGAGACUAGCUUAUGAAGAUCUCAGUAUGAAACAAAAGAAAGAAGAAGAGAAAAUAAGAGCCGUCGAUCCCAAAAAGGCUAAACAAAUGGAGAGGCUUGGCAUGGGUUUUGGGGCAAGAAGCGGUGUUUCUCAUUCAGCGUUGAGUGAUAUGAAAACCAUUCAGCAAGAAAAUCUACAAAAAUCAAGAAAGACAGAGAGCUUUUUUGACGAUUUUAAUUUCUCAUCUAACCAAAAUUCAUCUUAUAUGUUUAAGACAUCAUCGGACUCGCAGAAUCUGUUUUCAGACUCUAAAGACACGAGUGAUCUGUUUGGAAAGAGUAAAAGCAAUGAUCAGUUUGAAACGAAAAUGCCAAUACAGAACAAGUUAUUUGAUAAAAUUCACAACAAAUCCUAUGAAAAGUCGUUUGGCGAUUUCACUUCAGAAAAACCCUUAAAGAUAACAAGAUCGUCUUCGGCUGGAUUGAGCGAGGCGCAGAAGAAAUUCGGUACCGCUAAAUCAAUUUCAUCGGAUCAGUAUUUUUCGGACAAAUCCGAUACUCAGUGGGAAAGGAAUAGCAACUUGUCCAGAUUUGAAGGGUCGACUAGUAUCUCUUCUGCUGACUACUUUGGAAGAAACGAGUGCAAUAACAGAUCAUCUGGUCUGGCGAGUCAGAUACAAACUCCAGAUUUGGACGAUGUCAGGGAAAGUGUCAGACAAGGCGUUACAAAGGUUGCUGGAAAGCUCAGCUCCCUCGCUAACGGUGUUAUGUCUUCCAUCCAGGAAAAAUACGGAUUAUGACCAGCAAAAUGCCAAUCUAUCUUUUAUUACUACUAAAUAAAAUAAUUCAUUAAUAAUAAAAGGAAAAGAUGUAAUACUAA